UUUUUUUUGGGGUUUUUUUUAAUGAUUUUGCAUUUCAUUUUAAUUUCCACAUGCAAUGCAAAUGGCUGUCCCAAAGCUUCCUUCUGUUUUUUUGACGGAUGCUGUUUGACUGCUUGACAUGAGUACAAUAGAGGGAUGGAAAUGUCCUUUUCCAAUAAUGAAAAUCCCCAUCUGUUGAUUUUUCCAAGGCUAGGGGAGGGUCCGGUUUACACAGAUGUAUCAUCAGCCCAAGCCUGAUUUUCCAGACAAAAGGCAUCGGGUCGCAAUGUGUGACAAAAUAUAUCAAGAAACAAUUUGCUUCUUUGAGUGGAAAACAUUAACCCAAGGACUGCCUGAAAUGAAUCACGCUUGUGACAAUGAGUCCUGAUGCCCAUUAUGUUUUUCUUUAGUCUAGGUCUUAUUGUGCCAAGUUCUAAAAUUGUCCAAUCAUGACUUGUAAGAACCCCUUCCAAACAGAUGAUUUUAGUAUUUAUUUAUUUAUUUCUUAGCAGGUGCCCUUAUCCAGGGCGACUUACAAUUGUUACAAGAUAUUACAUUAUUUUUACAUACAAUUACAUUAUUAUGUAUUUAUUUAUUUUAAACAGUAUUUUUAUAUUUACAGUUGGGUUUUUACUGGAGCAAUCUGAGUAAAGUAUGUUGCUCAAGGGUACAGCAGCAGUGUCACCCACCAGGGAUUGAACCCACGACCCUCCGGGCAAGAGUCCAGAGCCCUAACCACUACUCCACACUGCUGCCCGAAUGAUAGUAUCGGUACAUUUGUUUUCAUAUUGCAUGUCCCUUAAAAAGGUGGGAAAUUAAAUCUAUAUUGUAUUACAUUAUAUUAUUUAUGUAAAAGAAUAUGAUAUAAAAGCUCUGCUCAAAAUGUAGAUAUAUUCCUUUUGGCAAACCAAAUAACAAUGUAGACAAAACUAAAAGCAUAAGGAUUUAAAUGGAAUACCCAAACUAUUUAUUUCGUGACAUUUAUCAUAAUAACUAUAUUUAUUAUGCCUAAUUUAUAACUGAUUAUAUGAUUAUAUUAACUAAUUUGCCUAAAAUUUUAUUUUAUUGACAAGAAAUGUGCCAUUGUAUUAAGUAACAAAUCAGUUCUUAUGAGAAAGAAUCUACAUUUUAUUAUGUGGUUAAACAACCAGGUACUGUAUAUGCAAUGGUACCGUACUGUAUAUGCAUUUCAAUUGGAUAUGUGUUAUACUGUGCAUAGGGGUUUAAAUAGCAUUGUUUUAAAUGAAUCACUUAGUAGACUUAAAUGACCAACUGCCAUUAAAUUGUCACUACCAGAUGGGACUGCUGCCAACCAGUUGCAAACAAGAAUAUAAAUGAGGUGACAACAUAGGUCUGUGUGUGUGUGUGUGUGUGUGUCCUGAACGAACCUGGACACUGAUCAAAGAGAGGGUUGGAUUAGUGAAACCUAUUUAUUUCAAGCCCAGAGCCCCAGCAUCAGGCUGGCAGUACCAUCAGCAUCAGGCAACUGGAUAAUGGCCCAGAUUUACAGCAGCACUGAUGAGCACUUGGAGGUCUUCACCACUGUCUUCUCCAAAGCAUGCAGUCAUACAAGAAUGAAACACAACCCACAGCAAGUAAAAAGCGAGCGAGUGGUAGCAGUGGUUGACUACAAGCCCCACUGGUCAGAUGAGUUAGUCCUGUGCCAGGGUGAUGUCAUCCAUGUUCUCUACAAAGAUGAUGAAGUGUGGUGGUUUGGACGCCUGAAGAAUGGGCAGCAAGGAUACUUCCCAUCUGCUUACGUUGCAACGCAGAGCAAAAUUAAUGAAGAGAAAUGUCCAGAUUUGCAGUCCCCCAGCAGGCAGUCAGAGAGACUGUCUGUGUCUGACGUACAUGGAUUCAGAACAGUCAAAAGAAAACCUUCUAUUUUUGAUAAAUCUCAGUGUUCACCCAUCAUCAUCAGCUCAUUAAAAAGGAGUCUGAUCCACAAGCCAGAUACAGAUGUCAGUACUUCCACUGAAGGUAGACAGUGCUUGAAGACCCAGAAGAAUGUGAAGGGAGAUCUUGCCCUCGAUUUGGGCCCCGAAGCUACUCUGCCCCUGACAGGGGGUGUGUCUCAGAACUCGCCCAGCAUUCUACGCAAGAUCCUGAUGAAGAACAAGAAGAGGAGAGAGUACCUGGGGGCCACAAACAGCACUUUUGAACCAGACUGAGAGAAGUGUGCUGGAAGCCUGUCUGUAAUUAUAGGGGAGCGUGAGGAAGGAAGGAAGUGAAGUAAUAGUUAUAUUAAGCAAUGACUCAAAGCAAGGCCAUGCAAUGGACUUUCUCUCUGGCACAGAAGCAGUGUUUUGCUCAUACUUAACUAUUAUACAUUCCUACUGCCCAGGGCAGUUUCUGAAGAUUGAUCUAAUGCUACAAUAAAAGGGACCUGUUAAAGCUCUACUAACAUUAAUAUAAGAGUUACUCAUUUAAGUUAUAUGACCUAUAUAAGGUAUCAUGUUUCUUAGAAUAUACCAGAAAAUAUAAACUUUUGUCACUUGGGUCCCAAUACAGAAGCUAAUGCGAAAAAACAAGACUGUGUCAUAAAACAAACAAGAAACAUUAACAAUUGAACUGCUCUGAAUAGCAACAGAGUUAUUUCUGAAUAAUUUUAUAUAAUGUUUUACCGAAAUAAUCCAGCAUUAGGCCUUUCUUAGUAUAAGUAACUAUAGUGUUGUCUCAGUUAUUUAUUUAUUUAUUUUUACUUUUGAAAUUUCAAAGAGUUCCUAUGCCUUUUAAAGUAUCAUUUUUCCCAUUAGACUGAGUAUUGUCUGAACGUUUCUGUGUGAUGUAAUGUGUAACCAUUCAUAACAUGUGAAAAAUUGGCUAGAAUGUUACAAGUUACAAGCCCAUGCUUGUAAUAUGUUCCAAUAAUAAAAUAAAUCUCAUUAUGA